GAAAAAAUAAUAUUUCGAUCGAACCUAUAAGUUUUCGUGUAUCUUUUGUUCAUUACGUGGAUAAUGAUUCUUAAAUGUUAGACCAGCUUAGUUGCAUUUGGCAUUAAAAUCUAGCAAAUCAAACGCAAAUACAUUAACUGUCCACGGAUUUAUUUCGUUAAAAAAUUACACCAUACUUUUAUUUAAUUCGAGCAUACAUUUGAAACAUAAAUUAUGCCACAGUGUUGCUUUGCUGGUUGCCAUAACCGUACUGAUGAUGGACGAGGCCUAAGUUUCUUCAGGUUUCCUCGUAGAGAUGCUGCUCGAACAGCAUCUUGGAUAAAGGCUUGUGGUCGGAAGGAAUUUGUUCCAUCCCAACACUCACGUGUUUGUUCGCAACAUUUCAAAUACGAUGAUUUUGAACGGGAUAUUCGUUCGGAACUUAUGGUAAUCGGCCAUAAAAGACUGCGUCUAAAAGAAACAGCUGUACCAUGUCCUUCUGUUGUCUUACAAAACGAUACUAAACAAGUGGAAUCAAGCAAAUUGGUAUAUAAUUCGAAAAGAAAAUCCACGAUCAACAGUCAUAUAGAAUAUGAAGCAACACAAGAUAAUUCAGGUCCAUUGUUCUGUAAGUCUUUAUUUACUAGCUCAACUUUGUAAAUUAUUGUUCCAAUUUUACUUCAUUGCCGUAUCAUUAUGAAUCCCUUAUUGAGUUUAGGUAAACUUAUGUAGUGUAGUACUAGUGUCCACUCAACUUCUAAAUAAAAUGUUCUAUGAUUACCGGCUGGAUAGGUCCUUGAUAUAAGUAUUGGUGAUAUGUAUUGAUUAAUUAGAAAAAGAUACUUUUCUGUGGUUCUUAUGUACGUUUA